GAAACUAAGUCGUGAUACUAAAAAAUUAUUCACAACAUAGUUAUCAAAUUUCUACAAUGUGAUUGCUACUUUAAACGUUAAAACAUAACCUUAAGAGCCGGCUGGUUCUGGCUCAUUUUAUUUUUAUUUUUACAUCUUAUUUAUGCACUUCAAUAUUUUCGAAAAUGGCGUAUAAAAUCGCACACGAUCUGACCGCCAAAGAGCGAACAAGUGAUGUCGAAGUACAGGAAGAUGUGACAUUUACUGAGAUGGGCUUAUCAAAACUUGUUUUGAAUGGACUUUUAAGCUGUGGUUUUGUAAAGCCAUCUCCUAUUCAGAAUAAAUCUAUUCCUUUAGGGCUAUUAGGAUUUGAUCUGAUCGUAAGAGCAAAAUCAGGAACUGGCAAGACUGUUGUUUUUGGCGUCAUAGCUUUGGAAAAGAUAAAUAUUAAAUCAAAUUUUGUCCAAGUAAUAAUAUUAGUUCCAACGAGAGAAAUAGCAAUACAAAUUACUGAUGUUCUCACAUCAAUUGGAUGUGAAAUAAAAGGUUUGAAAGUAGCGUCUUUUAUUGGAGGUACUGCACUUGAUGCUGAUAGGAGAAAGCUCUCUGGUUGCCACAUAGCAGUAGGAGCUCCUGGUAGAAUUAGGCAUUUAAUUGAUAAAGGAUAUCUAAAUGUUGAGCAUGUUUGCCUUUAUGUACUAGAUGAAGCUGAUAAAUUGAUGGAAGACAGUUUUCAAGCUGACAUCAACUAUGUGUAUUCAAAACUUCCUAUUGAAAAGCAAGUUAUUUCAUCUAGUGCAACUUAUCCUGGAGAUCUAGAAUUUUUUUUAGAAUCAUACAUGCAUUCUCCAAUUUUGUCAUCAGCAGAUGAUGGACCUAUUCUCAUAGGACUAAAACAAUUUGUUACUGUAGUUCCUCAUCAUCCCAACGCUAUAAAACAAGUACAAAUAAAAGUAAACGAGUUGGUAAAAAUUUUCAAAAAAGUUCCGUUCAAGCAAUGUUUGGUAUUCAGUAACUAUCAAACCAGAGCUCAAUCAGUUUGCAAUAAAAUUAAUUCAAUAGGAUACGAAUCAAUUUUUACUGUUGGAAAUCAAAAUAUGGAUAAACGAUUAGAUGCCAUGAAUAAAUUAAAAAAUUUCAAAUGUAGAAUUAUGUUAACCACAGAUCUAACGGCUAGAGGAAUAGAUGCCGAAAACGUAAAUUUAGUUGUUAAUUUAGAUAUUCCGAAAGACAGUGCUACAUAUCUUCACAGAAUAGGAAGAGCAGGUCGCUAUGGUUCUCGUGGUGUAUCAAUAAAUAUAGUUGCCGAAAAUGAGAUAAGUACUUUUCAAGAUCUUUUACUUUCUAUUGGUGGUAGGACUUUCUCAAUUAUGAAGUUACCUCAAAACUAUCCUGAAAAUAUUUGGGAUACUAGUGAUGCAGCAUUUGAAAAAUUACUAGCAACUCAAGAAAAAAUACGCGAAGACAACACCGAGGCUGAAAAAAAGAUAAUUGACUCGGUUAACGGAACAAUUGUAGAUUCAUUAUUUGAUUCGAAAGUUGCAGAUUUGAAUGUUAUACAAGUACCGGAAAGUGGUAAAAACACGAAGCAACAAAAAGAGAAAAAAAACAUAAAACAAUCUAUCAAAAUAGAUAAUUUGGAUAUGUCUAGCAGUGCAAUGAUAAAUGGUCAAUCAGAAGAUUUCCGAAAUAAUACGGUUUCUAUAAGUUCAAAUGAUUUAUCAAAUAAUGAAAAAAGUACAGUCAAACUGUACCCAAUGAAAUUGAUAAAAAGUAGACAUUCAAAUAACAAUAGAUACAAUCGAAAAAUAGCUGAUAAAAAUGUAUUACAAACAAUGAUUCAUAAAGAAAUUGAUCUUAAAAAAAUUACUAAUGAGAGUAGGACUCAUUAUGGUAACGAUGUAUUUGAAACUAAUAAUUUCAAAAUUUUGCUCAAAAUGAGUGCUGAUGUACAAAAAAGUUUAAACCAAAAAGAUUCAGAGGAGUGGGUACUGCAUGAAGCACUCCGUUGGAAAAAUAUUCUAACUUAUGAGAUGUCCUUGUUGGAAAAUUUAUUACCUAAAAGGAAUAAUGAAACCAAUCUAUGUGAAAAUAAUUUUUAUGCAGCAUUGUUCGUUUUUUAUUACAUACAAAAAAAAGCUUUAUUAUGUGUAUAUCCUGAAAUCCGAGAUGAAAACGAAAUAAAAGAUACAUAUUUGUAUUCUGAAAAUAAUCCUAAAGUAAAUCUUCUUAAAAUGUAUGGAGAAAUUGAAGACUUCAAAAGCAUGUGUCGUGGUAAAAAAAAUCAAUUUGAUUCUUGUUUUCCAUAUCCGACUGAUUUCAAAAAACCACUACCGAACCUCAUGUUGAGUGAAGAUGAAUUAAAUGAAUACAAAGUAGCUAUAAAAUAUUUGAUCUCGAACAUAAAUAUUUAUGAAAAAUUUUGGAAUAAAAUAAGGUUUAUAUUAAGUUCUCUUGAUGAUAAUAGCAAGCAAUCGUUGACUGAGAGAUUAAAUGCCAACUAUGAAAUCAGCCAUGAUGAACUACUUACAUUGGUAUCAGAUAAUGUUAAUAAAAUAUGUUUAGAGCAAUCAAAUGGUGAAUGCACAAAUGAACUAAUUGAUCAACAUACAGAAAAACUUGAAGAAAAUGAUGUAUCCAUCACCAAUGAUUUAAAUGCUGAUUCUAAAUCAUCUACAAAUUAUAUUCCAUCAGAAGUACAAACUUCAGAAAAACAUAAAAAAUCUACGAAGUAUAUUCCAUUAGUGUCAAAUAAUAUUACUUACAGUAAUAGUACAGGUGCUACAUCAUCUAGUCAACAUUAUGAAGCUGGGUCAAAAAGUACUAAUGAUAAUACAUAUGCAAAAAGACGAAACCAGCAUACAAAUCAGCAGUCACAGUAUGAUUAUAAUUCUAAUAACCACUGGUAUCCAAGUCAUAACGCCGAUGACAAUGAUCGUGGGAGCUAUAAUUACUUAGAUUACAGGAUUUCUAACGAUGAAUUAGAGACUUUUUUCAUAAAUCUAAGGCAUCAAACUGAUCAGGUUCAUUUGCGCGAGUACUACUACCAUAUGAUUAAUGAUAGCUGA